UUGGUGUUCCUCUGGAAACCCUCAUACAGGAUGCAACGCAAUGUGGAGUUCCUUUUCUUGUGACACAGAUGGUGGAGUACCUAGAAGUAUUUGGUCUGGAGCGUGUCGGUAUAUUUCGCAUCAGUGGCUCAGUAAAUAAAAUCAAGAAACUGAAGCAGAAAUACAAUCAAGGAGAAAAAGUAGACCUUGUUAGUGAUGGAGAUGUUGAUUCUGUGGCCAGUCUCCUGAAACUCUUUCUGAAAGAACUGCCAGUGGCUGUUUUUCCAGACAACAUCUGUUCUGGCUUGCUAAAAACUUUACAAGAGCACAAAAUCCACACAACAGAAUGCAUAGAGAACCUGAGACAAUUGCUCAGCUGCCUGCCCAAAGCCCAUCAAAACCUUCUUCAGUUCCUGUCUGCUUUCCUGUUAAAGGUAGCAACAUACAGUGCAGUGAAUUUCAUGACUCUGGAAAACCUAGCCAUUGUGUUUGGACCUGCUCUGUUCAAAAUCCCUGUCAGUCCCUUGGCUUGUGAAGAACAAAAGCUUUACAAUGGCCUCCUGCUGUAUUUGCUUCAACACCACGAGAUGCUUUUUGUUGAUCUGAACCCUUGUUUCUCAGAGAGACAAGCAGAUGGCCUUCAGGAAAACAACACAGAAGAUGAAGAAAGAGACAGACUCAUCUUAUUAAGCAUUCAGGAUAAUUCCUUCAACACGACAGCUUUAGCAGAGUGUGAUGGGGAUUCAGACUCUGUACAUGAAGACCAAGCAGGCAGUUCCAGCCCCAGAGAUGAUGAUAACAAAGAAAAUUAUCCGGACAACGCUACUGUCUUAGAGGAAAGGCAGCUGCCUUUGCAAGAUACUCAGCAGCACAAGCAGCAGGCCGUAAUUGACUACGCUCUAAAGCCUGAAAUGGGCAACUUAAAGCUAAGAAAACCUAAGCCCAUUGCAAAGCUAGAAAAUGGAAAAAGCCAUGAGGAAAGUCAGGAGCUGGAAAGUGCAUUGCCAGGCCUUUCAGAGUGGCAGGGGAAGGCUGGAUCCUCAGAUAAUGACUACGCACAGAACGUGGCUUUAAGAUACCAGGAGGCAGUAGUGAGAUUUCAACCAAGAAUAGAUCAGAACAUAAGCAUUUCACCAAAAGAAGGAACUGAGCAAUCCAACAGUUUAAAUGAGAAUUCUUUGUUGAAGCUACAAGCCCUUGAAACCGAUCUGUGCUCCGCAUUUCUGCCAGCCCCGGAAGAAACUCCUCAGCUGCCGGCACCCAAGGAUCCAGUCCCUUCAUCAGUCCAAACCAGUGUGCAAGCUGAUGGGGCCAGCUGUGGAGAGCAAUAUCACUUCAUUUCUCCUAUUAUUGAUUUUAAUUUAAUGCAUCAGCAGAGAGAUAGCGAAGAGCCUGUGCCAGCCCACAGAGACUGGCAGAAUGACAUGGACAGCAGCCCACAAGAACAUCACUCCCUAGGGACCAGUCGACUCCUGUAUCACAUUACAGAUGGAGACAAUCCUCUUUUGUCACCACGCUGCUCUAUCUUUAGCCAAAGCCAGAGAUUUAAUCUAGACACAGAGUCUGCCCCUUCUCCACCAAGUGCUCAACCUUUCAUGAUGCCAAGAAGUUCUUCUAGAUGUAACUGUGAAGAGUGCAAAGAACCACAAACAGUGGCACAACUUACCAAGCAUCUUCAGAGUCUCAAGAGGAAAAUUAGAAAGUAUGAAGAAAAGUUUGAGCAAGAAAAAAAAUACCUGCCUUCACAUGGUGACAAGACUUCCAAUCCUGAAGUUCUGAAAUGGAUGAAUGAUUUGGCCAAAGGUCGUAAGCAGCUCAAAGAGCUGAAACUCAGAAUGUCGGAAGAGCAAAACUGUACCUCUAGAGCACCCCAAAGAAAUGAUCAUUGCGAAAACACUGGGACCUUUAAAGAGGCUGGGACACAGGAGGCCGCAAGCAUGGAACCAGCUCCCUCAGUAGAAGAAACCAUGGAUAGUGUAUUGAGACGAUUAAAGGAGAAAAGACAACACUUUAACGUUCCUGAGACUAUUAAGGAUAUGACAAAAAAGCAAAUGGCUUUGGAAAAAAUCAGUCUUCAGAAAUGUCUACUAUAUUUUGAGAGUAUUCAUGGACAACCUGUAACUAAGCAAGAAAAGAGUCUCAUGAAACCUCUUUAUGACAGAUACAGAAUUAUCAAGAAACUUCUCGCAACUCCAUCUUUGAUCACAACAAUUGAAGAGGAAGACUCAGAUGAAGACCAUUCUCAAAGCAGCCAUGAGUUAUCAUCAGGUCCGAUAUCUUGCCUCCCUGUCGAUGAGCAUCUGUGUUACUCUCAGGGGGAGAGUGAGCCUGUGUAUGUUUCACCUCUGGAUGAAAAGAAAGUUUUCAGGCAAACAGCCUUGUCUAUGUCCAAUUUACACGAGGCAACAAUGCCCGUUCUGCUUGAACAUCUCCGAGAAACAAGAGCAGAUAAGAAAAGGCUUCGCAAAGCUCUGAGAGAGUUUGAGGAACAAUUCUAUAAACAGACAGGAAGGAGUCCUCAAAAAGAAGAUCGGGUGCCAAUGGCUGAGGAAUACUCCGAAUACAAGCACAUGAAAGCCAAAAUCAGGCUCUUGGAGGUUCUCAUCAGCAAGCAUGAUAUUUCCAAAACAAUUUGAAGCGAAUGCAAUGCUGUGAUACUGUUCUUUAGCAAAAAACAAGCAAACAAACACGUAAUGAAAAAGAGGAAGUAAUUUUACAGGUCUUGGUCUGCUGCACAAUUAUUUGACACACUGAGAUUUUUGAUGCACUUUACCAAUUGUACUAGCUGGGAUGAGAGAGGACAGCAAUAUGCAAGACUAUUAAUUAAGCACGGGUGAGUGGACUACGGUAUAUAUUUUUUCCUUUUGAAAAAGCCUUGAAGUGCACUGUGAGAAUGCUAGAAAUUAAAAGGACACUGAAGUAUUGUAGAUUGUCAGUUUGACCUGCUCUUAGUUUUAAAAAGCGUGAGGAAAUGCUCUCCAGGUUUUUAGUACAUGAUAAUGUACCACAUCUUUCUUUCCAGAAUUAACAGGCACUAUAAUUAACUAUUAAUGUCGGUUCUCAAUGUGCCAAUUCACUAGAUAUUAAAAGAAACAUGAGCGAAAAACUCAUGAACGUAUGCUAUCUUUCAAGACAGCAUUGCUGUUCAAUUCCAGCAGCUUCAAAGAAAGGUGCAUACAAAGAACCAGUGCCAGGAUUUGGUCUAAAAUUCUGGGAGUAGGGCAAAGUGAUGCUGCCUAUGCAAAAAAAGAAGGAUGGAACAUGACUGCCAAAUGGAACUAUUUUUUUUUAGAAAUAAGAGAAAAUGUUUGGCAAAACAAAAUACAUACAGUUUCCUGGGAAGAGAUAAAACAAAUGUACUGGCUGCUGUCCUUUUCGCUAUGGUUCAUAGGACCUGGCUCAUGGUACUUAAAAUUCAGUAAAUAGAUCAACUACAUGCUAAUUUUGAUUUAUGUAUUAAACUUUGCACUUUAUUUUGCCUGAUGCUAUAACAUUUGCUUUUCUAACUACCAAAGCUCGUUUAGACGCAUGCACUUUGUAAAAUGUCAAAGUAUUUCUUGUGUUAUAAAUUGCCACAUAUAUAUAUUAAAACCAGACUAGAUUAUUGCAUUAUGCUAAGAUAUUUUGGAUAGAUAAAGUACAUGGUAUAUAAUUGAGUGUCACAGUUAUCUGAUGAGGAACACUAGACUUCUUGUUUACUAUAAAUAAGAAUAUAAAAAAGAUAUUUUUUUCCAUUGGAAUUAUGCAUCUUAACUUUCAGAGCACCACACUUUGUACUAUUAAGGAGAUUUUUUUUCACUAUUUGUGAUAGACCAUUUGUGUGAAAAGUGGACUAUUAACAAACAGAAGGAUUAUCAGUGGGUUUUGUACUAGAAAUGAAAAGCGGGGAUUCUGGGAAAUACCUAGCCCAGACAUAAAGGAAGGAAGAAUAAUUUAAAAAAAAAAAAAAAAGGGACUCAAGUUGAAUCAUGUUUAGUGUUUUGCUUUAACUGUCAUUUUGUAUUGACCACGUAGUAUAAGCAACCUGUUUUCUAUCUUGGUAAGAAGAUUUUCAUUUUAUAAAGCCCAUUAUGUACCAACCAUGUUUGUAUUUAUAUUGUAUGUUAUGGCUUGGCAUGAUUUUGAAGACGUACACAUUUUCAAGUAGUUUGGAGGAAAAAGUAUGAACACUAAAAAAGGAAUUUUUUUAUUUCUCUGAGGUUUGUUGUUUCAGUGUACUGACUUAAUAAUUUAUAACUUAACUUCUAUGAAUCAGAAAUGGUCUCCUUCGUAAAUCUGUUUUAAUUAAAGUCAUCUAGAGCAACAGGAACAGAUACAGAGCUAUUUGAAGUUUACAAACUACAUCUUUGAUAAGGGAAAAUGAUUUCAUGACAUGUAUACAAUUGAUAUUAAAAUGUAAUCUAUAUAUUCUAUAUGAUUGUAUAAUAUUUUAUACAACAGUACAAAUAAAAUAUUUUUCUAUUAUA